AUGCAGCAGCUUAACUGUGUCAGCCUGUUGCUCCUGCUGCUCUUCAUGGUUGCUGCACUCAUCUCCUGCGUUGCCACUGCACACCACAGAGAACUGCCAAUGUCAAGAACAGCUGCCAACGAAAGAGGAGAUCAUGAGCAGGAUCAAAACCUGGUAAGCUCGAGACCAGUAGCAUCUACGAAGUUUGCAGCAGAUCAUGAGGAGGAGGAGGCGGCGGCUGCCAUGAGAAGAUGCAAGCAAGGGAGGAAGAGCUGCAAGAACUUCAGAACAAGAAAGCUUCCUGCAGAUGGCAGGAACCAUUUCUAUGGCCACAUGCCAUUCACUGCAGAUUACCACUCUGUCCGUCGCCAUCCUCCCAGCCACAACUAG